AUGUAAUAAAAUGAUAAAAAAAUUGAUAUCAAUCCUCUUCCUAAAAAUUAAAUUAUAGUUCCUUAUUAUUUUUAAACACAAAAAUAUGAUUUAACAGAUAAUGAUCUCAAUAUACUGUCUAAAUAUUUUUAAGAGUAUUUUGUAUAUUCACUACUAAUAUAAGCAAAACAAUAUUGUAACAAAUACCCAAUAAUUUAUCCAAAUAUAAGAGUUUAAAUCCAUAUAAAGAUUCUUUUAAAAAAGUUCUUAUCUAUUUACUGAUAUUUUAGGUUGCCUUGAAAUAUUUAACACAUUUCCUAUAUUUUUUAAUACUUUUUCUAUUUAUGUAUUUUUGGAUUGGGUUGUUUAUUAUAGUUUUUACAGAUCCAAUCAUAAUGACUCUGUAUAGUUAUUUUAUACUUUACUUAAUUUUGUAUAAAAGAAUACGAUUAGGAGUUGUAUUAAUAUUAGAUUAUGGAAAGUCUAUACAUUUACAAAUUUAUUUAAAAUCAAUGAAUAAAAAAUAUUUUGGUAGCAAUGUGAUUUAAUGGAAUGUUGGAGGAGGAGGAAAUUGGAUACAAAUAGAUGAUUUAACACAUUUAAAAAAAUGA